CGGUGCCCACGAUGCGGCUGCUGCUGCAGCAGUACCGCGACCCCAGGGUGCCCGCGCCCGGCGCCUACGAGCCCGACCUGCCGCCGCUCAAGCCCAAGCGCAGGGGUGCAUUCGGUCCCGACUUUAUAGAUGACAGUUUGCGGAAUGGAUUGGCCUUCCUGCUCAUCCGACUUAAAUCGCAUCAAGCAUAUGUGGGACGCGUUGGAGAGACAUACUGCAACACGUCCAGCGCACCAGCGACCUUCCAGCACUUGUCAGCCGCCCUCGUGGAAGAAUGGAAUGCUCUACCAGAAGAACUUCUUACCAACCUUGAGGCCAAUAAGGGAGCGCGGUGCAGAGUAUGCAUUGCCGUCCACUGUGAUCACACUAUUAAGAACCAUGUCCCACUUUUAUAAUGUCCAAGGGGUCAACAUGAAACGCGGUGG